CCUUUCUCAUUGUCAACUGUGUUGCAUGCGCUUCUAUGUCAAAUAUUCCUAGUUCGCGCUAAGUUCGCGAGAUGACCACUCGACCACGGCGGGUGGAUGCACUGCUGGCUGAGGCCCUCGAGUCCUCGGGCACCCGAGUACACGGCGGUGGCGGCGACAACAAUCCGAGCGCAGGCAUGCAGCUGCUGCUUCGGCUGCGGCUUAUGUUCGCCGAGUCGGCCAUUCCCGGCCUUCGCGUCAUCCUCGGCCUGUCUCACCCGGUGCGACGGCUCGCCUGGACGGCAGCCCUUGCGGCGCUCGUGUGCAUAGGCCUCAACGACCUCUACAUCGUGUUCAGGGAGUACUUCGAGUAUGCCGACACGGUCGACGUCAUGUGGGCUAGAUCACCCGAAGGAAUGGCGCUGCCAGCCGUUACGGUCUGCAACGUGAAUCAGGUGCGUGUAGAUGACAUUGUUGGUAGAGACGUAAGGUCGAGUGACGUCACGCAACUUGACCUUACAUAG